CGUUUUGACGAAUAUUGACAACACAGCAGACAGACAGCGGCGCGGUCGUCGACGCAUCGUCUACAAGUCUAUUUUUAUUUUGAUUGUGAAUCAUAUUUUACGUCUGUGCUUCGCUUACAACUCACAGUGGACCCGACUGCUAUACAAAUCGGUUAAAAUUGUAUACGAUUCGAGUGAUGUGUGAUUGAUUUCUGUGCGGUUUGCCGAUUUUUGGCUUUAACCUCGUUCUUUUUUUCUCGUCUGCUCCUAGUGUUUUUGAGAGAACUGCAAGGGAGUGAUCGAUAUAUGCAAGAUGCACAGAUGAUUCUGUCUAUCUCUUCAUUUACAUCUCGGAACCAGCUGAUGCGUCGUAUGCCGUGAGCGGCGCGAUGCAGGGGGGCGGGGGCGCGGCGCCGGCCGCCGACACCGACGCCGACCAGGCGCAGUUCGAGGCCGACAAGCGGGCUGUCUACAAACACCCGCUAUUCCCUCUCCUGGCGUUGCUGCUGGAGCGAUGCGAGCAGGCCACGGCGGGCGCGGAGGCCCCCGCGGCUGACGCGUUCGGCGCGGACCUGCAGGCCUUCGUGCAGCACCAGCGCAGGGACCGCCGCCCCUUCCUGGUGGAUGAUCCGGAGAUCGACGAGCUCAUGAUUAAAAGCAUACAGGUGCUCCGCAUCCACCUGUUGGAGCUGGAGAAGGUGCAGGAGCUGUGCCGCGACUUCUGCGGGCGCUACAUCGCGUGCCUCAAGACCAAGAUGCAGAGCGAGAACCUGCUGCGGACUGACUACUCCGGAGGCGGAGUGGAGAGCAAUAACAACCUGUCCGGAACUCUGGACGACCACUCCAGUACUUCUAAUUCCCCUCAAUACCAGUCGCCCGCGCCGCCCGCCUUCCCCGCCUACGCGCCGCCCGUGUACGCGCCGCCCAGCGCCGAGCCGCCGCCGGUGGUGGUGCCGGGCACGACCCCCAUCAGCCAGAUCGGCGUCGGGCUGCUCUCCAACGACUCUUUCACAGGCACGAACUCCAACAACUCCUGCUCCUCCGGCUCCCCGCCCCCAUCAGACGGCGAGGAGGGCGGCAAGCGCGGGGUGCUGCCGCGCCACGCCACGCAGGCCAUGCGCGCCUGGCUGUUCCAACACCUCGUCCAUCCGUACCCGACAGAAGAAGAGAAGCGCACCCUGGCGGCGCAAACCAGACUUACACUUCUUCAGGUGAACAACUGGUUCAUAAACGCGCGGCGCCGCAUCCUGCAGCCCAUGCUCGACUGCUCCGACAAGCCAGGUGGCAAGAAGAGCAAGAACGGCUCGUCGAUCAGCAAGAGGUACUGGCCCGACGCGCUCACCAACCCACAGUUCACUGCUGGCCUCCUAGAGUCAUCCGACGACGAAGACGAAAACGCGGACCCGAGCGACGCAGAACAAGAUACAAACCAUAGCGAGGACUCUCGAGAACAUAAAUCUUACCCGCCAGUGAAGCCCAUGCAUUGAGGCUUUACCGCCCGGAAACGUCCUGUGCAUCUGCUUUACCAGGGUAACGUGUCAUGAGUUGUUAGCGUUACCGGCGGAAGUGUCCCGUGCAUUGUAGCUUUACUAAGAAAAAGUGUCAUGCAUUGUGGCUUUACCACCCGGAAACGUCCCGUGCAAUGUUGCUUUACUAGAAUAAAAUCACAAUGCUUUGAGAUUAUGAUCGUUGGAAUUUUUACACGGGCAAAGCUCAAAAUGUUGCAUGCAAAAUAAACUUAACCAAAAGUCCUAUAAUUCAGCCAUAACGCUCUCUUCCUAAUAUUUAUUAUUAUUACUCAAAGGCACAUGUACAGGAUGUUUCAAAACUUAAAUUCAAAAAUUAGUUGGAUAAAAAAACCUAGUCGAGAAGAGUUCUGCAAAACUUUUGCAUGAAGGAAAAAAAUGCCAUGACGGUAAACCAUGUCACAAGUUAGGUUAUUGAGCCUAAAUGAAAAAAAUGUUUUAACUCAUACUGAACAGUAUACCAUAUAAAAUUAGUUAUAAGAUAACCGUAGUUUAGAAACAUGUAUACGUAAUCCAUACCUCACUAUUUUAAAUUUUUAAUACAUACCUAUUUAUACAAACGGAAAUUUACUUAGAAAAGAAACUUGUUUGUAUUUUUCUUUAUGCUUGACUUAAAAAACUUUGAGUUUGAAAAAAGUUUUGUCAAUUUUUCAAUGCCGGUUGUGACCUUUAAAAUGGUUCUUUUCGGUUUUCUUCCCAAUGGUCUUUGUCUGAAGAAUUAAGUUAAGCGUCCAUCUUUCGGUAUCGUACGCAAUGGACGCAUCGCUUUCAGUAUUCUUCGUAUAGAAAAUCACACAAGUGCGUCCAUUUCAUCGGCAUUGCCGACGCCGUUUCUCCGCACAUUUAUGAAAAUCCCUUUGGACGUAUGAAACCAAUAGAUGCAUGCUUACCUUUAAUGAAAUCCUUGUAUCCUUGUGUGAAGUAUGUCGUAAAGGUGAGCAAGGAACUCGAGAUUAUAUCAAAAGCAGUGUUUAUUUUCAUUCGCUGUAAUAAUAAUAAAAUAAGUUCUUCAGACAUAAGGCCCAACAUGACUGAAAUAAGAGAAAUAGACAUAAGAAUAUUUUAUAAAACACAAAACUAUAGAGAUACCGUCCAAAACAGAAAAAAGUUAUGUAUUUAUUUAAAGAAGCAAUUGUAUAAAAAUAUAAUACUACAUACCUAAUUAGUUUGUCGGGAUGAAUUGUUUCAAUGUUUGUUGUUUAUUUCUAUUUAAGGCAGCCAUACUAGUUUUUUUAGUUUAAGAGUGAAGGAAACGGGGCAUUUCAUCAACUUACUAACCGCAACAGUUAAUCUGUGAUUAAUCUCAGACAUUCUAGGGCAAGUUUACUUCAUGAAUUAUUUGUUUCAUUUAUGCACAAACACAAUGUCCGGAAAUGCCCGGUUUACCUUAUUGCUGUCAUAAGAUAAAUUGUAUAUAAUUUUUAUUAUGUACUUAUUGGUAUUUUGCAAAGAUUAUAUUUUGUAAUCAUUGUGAGAGGCAUUAUGCUCAUUGCUCAUUUUGUGGAAUGACUCCAUCUGCGGUUAUUUUAAGCAGUAUUAAAGAUAUGAUCUUUGUAAGAUAUCAUUUUAAGAAACGACAUUAUACGAUGACAUUAUACGAUACCCACAUACCAUUAAAAUGUAUACUCGAGAAUUAAUACCAAUGUAUACGCAAAAGUAUUAAAAAAUAUCCGAAAUUUUAAUAGUAAGUUAAAAAAAUAUUUAUUUCU